CAUGUCCAACCAAAAAACCAAACAACCUAGCUCUAAAGUCCUAUAUAUAUUUCCAAGAUUUAUCCCUCAUAACUUAUUUUGUAGCAUAUCAACAACAUGCCUCCUGUUCACUCCAGCCCAUUCCACCAAAUGGAAAAUCCAGCUCUAGCAUCAUUGUUACAACACACAACAACUAAAGAAAAACGUUCCAAGACCCGAAUCGGCGGUGCGGGCGGGAUCUUUCGCAUGUUCAAGCUUCUUCCCAUGUUAACCUCCGGUUGCAAGAUGGUGACACUUCUAGGCAGGCCAAGGAACCCGAUGUUAACCGAUCACGCCACAACGGGGACCCUAUUUGGUCACAGGAGAGGUAGAGUAAGCCUAGCAAUCCAAGAAGAUCCCCACCGCCUUCCAAUCUUCGUGAUCGAGCUCCCUAUGAGCUCGACCGCGUUCCAAAAGGAAAUGGCGUCGGAUAUUGUCCGUUUAUCGUUCGAAAGCGAGACGAAAACGAAUAAAAAGAAGGUUUUGGAGGAGUUUGUGUGGGGGGUUUAUUGUAAUGGGAGGAAGUAUGGGUAUUCAAUAAGGAGAAAACAAAUGACUGAUGAUGAACUUCAUGUUAUGCAGUCGUUAAGAGGGGUGUCAAUGGGUGCCGGAGUUCUUCCCGGGUUGACGGAAAAAGAGACGGCGGUGGACGGAGAGUUGACUUAUAUGAGGGCAAGAUUUGAAAGAGUUGUGGGAAGUAAAGAUUCAGAAGCGUUUCAUAUGAUUAAUCCUGAAGGUGCUGCUGAAGGUCAAGAACUAAGUAUUUUCUUUGUAAGAGUACAUUAAAAAAAAUAAAAAAACUUAUUUUUUAACACAUGAAUUAUGAUCCAAUACUUUUAGGUUUGUAUUUGUCAUCAUGCAAAUCAAUGUUUUCCUUUUUUUUUU